ACUAUUGAGGAGUUUUAGUAGGCCUUUGUCUGUGCCACAGGAAUGUGGUUUGUUUACUCUCAUUGCUUCUGAUAUAUUGAGAGCUCAGAGCUGGCGCCUCUGCCCAUUGAAGGCCAUUUGGGAGAAUGCAGGCUGCACAUGUGUUGUUGUUGGCCCUCCUGCCUGUUGUGGCAGUGAGAGCCCAGUCCCCACAACCCGGCAAAUGCGCUGUGCCCCCGGUUCAGCAGAACUUCGACGUUGGCAGGUACGCUGGCAGGUGGUAUGACAUCCAGAAGCUGCCAGCGGUGUUCCAGAAGGGCAAGUGUAGCCAGGCAACAUACACCGCUCGCAGUGAUGGCCAGAUCAGCGUCCUGAACCAGUCGCUGCAACCUGAUGGAGCAGUCACCAGCACCGUAGGAACCGCAUGGGCGCCAGAUAUGAACGAACCAGCCAAGCUCGUAGUUCGAUUCGUUGAAGGUAAACGUCCUGGCCCAUACUGGGUGCUUUCCACUGACUACGAGAGCUACUCUCUGGUGUUCUCGUGUACUCAGCUCAGUAGUGAGGUCAACGUGAACUUCGCCUGGAUCCUGAGCAGGUCCCGCUCCCUGCCCGCGGAGACCAUCACCCAGCUGGAGGACAAGCUGCGCUCCUACGGCAUCAAGAUCGACAACAUGACGGUCACGGACCAGACCGGCUGCAGUGCCAUGCCUGCAUGAGCGAGACCGCAGAAGCUAUGAGCAGACAGGACGGCAACUAAAUAGAAACAGGAGUCAUAAUAUAAUAAGCAGCUGUUGGUGACUACUCUGGACAGUAGGCCUAGAUGCAUUGGUGCGCACACAGACACACAGGCAGGCACACACACACACACACACACACACACACACACACA